UACGGUUGAUGCCUGGACUAACUUUAGAAAGUCUGGCCUGCAAAUAUCCCUUAAUUAACAGGCUUGAGCUACUAAUAAUUUUCCCCAUGCCCCCAGUCCAGGCAACCCAACACUGGCCACUCCAACCUGUCCUUGCCAGCGGAUGGGCAGACACGCACGCAACGAAAGCGGGCCAAUUAAGCGGGACGGGAGCGUGGAGUGGGGGCGGUGGCCGGAGGCAGGGGGCGUUGUUGCUGUCAACUGGCAGCUGGCCAAGGCGCACGCACAGCGGCGGCGUCUCCUUCGUCGUCGUUCCGCUGGAGAGGGGCAUCAGGUGGCGUAGAAUCAGCAGCAGCACCAGCACUAGAAGCACUCAACGUAGUGCGUCAGAGGCGUCGUCGAUGGCGCGGAAGUAGCAUCGGAACGCCUCAUCCGUCGCCCCUUGCCCCGUGUGCCAGCCCCAGCGGGACCUUGACAGCGCCCGUUUUGAUUUAUGCGGCAUUUUGCAAAAGUCAACAAAUGAAAAUGACACAGAAAUAAUGCCAAGAGCGAGCUAAAGCACUCCUCCUCCUCCUCAUCCUCAUCCUCGCAUCAUUUCGAUUUCAUUUGGCGCCCAAGGUCAAACGCCGCGACAGCACAAAUAGAUGCUCCUCCACGUCCGCCUGCGAGCGGUGGUGUGUGUGUGUUGGUUGCGUUCCUCAUCCGGUGAUGUGUGUGUUUGUGCUGCUCCAUUGGGAAUUAAAGGGGAGCUUAGGUGUUAUGUCCACCGAUUUGUAUUAUUCGAUUGAUUAUUAAUGGAAUUUUGGGAUAUAAGUUGUACAUGCUCCUCGUCACAGUGCCACAUGGCUGCAUGUCAUCAGCUGAUCGCCGCUGCUGCACAUGGCGGCUACAUGCAG